AGCUUAUUUUUAUUGAAGACGUAAGCGCUCGGCAUGAAUGACAGGCCCAACAAACUGCAGGGAACAGUACAGAGUGGACAGAAUGGUUGCACUGUAUUAGAAUCACCUGACUCCACGUUGUCGUCGCUGGAAGAACCAUGCUGCUCUUCGCCGAGGUCAAGCUUUUCGGAUAUUGAUGAUUUACCUCGUCCCACGAGCAGUAUCCCCAGUGUUGAUGGAAUUACAGAGAGCUGGCUUAGGAGUAAAUUGAGAAGGGCUACAUCUGCUUUGUCCGGUUGGCGAUCCACUGAAACAAAUGAGACAAAAUCCUCAACUUUGAAAAAUAAACUUUUUUCGGCAUGGAACACUUUCAAAUACUCAGAAAAAUGGAUGAAUUUUGCAAAUGACGAUUACACUUCAGAUGGUUUCAAGAAAAUAGUCCUUUUGGGUUUGGUAUAUUGUCCUGAAGACAGUGAAUGUGUUUGUGGUAUGGAUUUUAUCGAUUUUUACCGUGAUUAUUACACUAGAAUAUGGAUCACUUAUCGUACGGGAAUGCCACCUUUACUUGGAACACAGAUCACUACCGAUUGCGGUUGGGGGUGCAUGAUUCGGACGACGCAGAUGGCUCUCGCUCAAGCAUUGGUUGUGAAUCGAUUAAGCAGAAUGUGGCGGUAUUACGGGAGGAAAUCCGGCCGCAAAAUGUCCAAAGCAGACCCAUAUUACGAGAAUCAGUUGGACGUUCUCAGAUUGUUUGAGGAUUGCCCAACGGCCCCACUGGGAAUUCACAGACUUGUUGAGAUAUCGAGAAAAGAAAACCCAGGAGUAGAUAGCAUACGUUGGUAUGCUCCAUCCGCAGUGAUAUCUUUGAUGAAGAAGGCUCUCCGGCAGUCAUCAUCUCCUCUGACUAGUGAUUUAUCGAUAAUGUUAGCUGUUGACGGACGGGUAGUGAUCGGCGAUGCCGAGCGUGAAAGUCGUGCUUGGGCAAAGAGAUUAUUGCUGUUUGUCCCAUUACGGCUUGGUACUAGCAGUGCCAAUCCGGUGUAUUUUGAUCAUAUCCGACAUCUUCUGAAUUUGAAAUCUUGUCUGGGGAUAUUGGGAGGAAGACCGGAUCAUUCUUUGUACUUCAUUGGCUAUUAUGGUCGACAAGUGAUCUAUUUGGAUCCGCAUGUUGCUCACGAAUACGUACCCAUUUCUUCUUGGGAUGACUCAACACCACCACCAGAACAAGCAGCUGAUAAUGCCAAGAAACGUCACAAGCAUCCCAUCAGCUCCUACCACUGCCGAUCACUGGCAAAACUGCCAAUGAAAGAAAUGGACCCCAGCUGUGUCGUUGGAUUCAUGUUCAGGACAAAAGAAGAAAUGGAUGAAGCAUUUCGAACACUGAAUUUGAACCAAGUGGUUGAUGUGGAUCUUGGUCCUGAAGAAGGUUCUAAACGAACCAAAGAUCCUCUUUUUACUGUACAGUAUCAAGAAACCGCGUCAUAUGAUUGCACCAGAGAGGAUGGCUGUAUAUGCGUGCUUGCCUUCAAGGUGAUCAUGACACGAUUUUUCUCACCACAUUUGAUGUUGGUGGGAACAUGUGCGCUCUACAUUAUCCUUGGAGCGCUAAUGUUCCAACGAUUGGAAGGAGACCAUCUGAAGGAAGUGAAACGAGAGCAGACGGAAAAUAUAGAUAGAAGCGCUCAGGCAUACAUCGAUAGGAUCUGGGAGCUUACCCAAAGCGAAAAGGACAAAUAUGAGAAUAUCGAAGAUCUAGUGAAAGCUGUAAAGUCGAUUACUACGGAUGAGUUUCACGGAUACGUCGAUACAGUGUUCGCAGCUCAUAGAGCUUCAAGGCAUGGAUACGAUGAGGAUGCACCAUCAUGGGACUUUGCCAAUUCUGUGUUCUUCACCACCACUAUGCUCACCUCAAUAGGUUACGGAUAUGUGGCUCCAAAUACUUUUGGUGGACGACUAUUUGGCGUCAUCUACUGUCUCAUAGGAAUUCCUCUAACUCUCGUCACGGUGGCAAAUGUUGCCAAAUUCAUCUCCGAGACAAUUUUCUUGAUCCACUACGAGUUAUGGAAAUACUGGUGUAGAUGGAAGGCGCGACGAAAGGGCGAAGAGCUGACAAAUGAGGAACCGAUGUUUGCCGAGGACGAAGAUGAGCAGGAAAUUCUAGAUCGCGUAAAGUUAGUUAGAUUUCCACCGAUUGUCGUGUUUCUGUUUGUAUUUCUCUACGGCCUUUUCGCAUCGUACAUCAUACAACGAAAGGAACAAUGGAGUUAUGUGGAAAGCAUGUAUUUCACCUUUAUUAGCAUACUUACUGUAGGUUUUGGAGACUUCCGCCCUUCUGCACACAACAUCUGGACUACGCUAGCAGUGGUUUUGGGUGGAGUAAUCCUGACCACUAUGUGCAUGGAUGUCGUGGGACGAAUGUACCUCAAAGAGAUUCACUAUCUUGGACGAAAACUCAAGAGCAACAAUCCCUUCUAUCUUAUUAGGGAGGCGAAAGCAAGGAGGAGACGUGCUGCGAUGGCAUCGCUUUUGGCACAGUUAGCGAGAGGAAUGAUAUUCGCGCACAAAGACUACAACGAGCUUUCUAGAAAGAAAUCAAAGAAGAAGAGAGCCAAGAGAAGAGGAAGUCAUGUUUUGCCGAAUGAGAAGUUUAUGUUCGCUCGUCUUCCUCCAGAUCCACCUUCUGAUUGUCAGGUGAUCAGCACUUCGGCCUACUCUGUUCGAAUAGCUUGGGCCCCAGCUUUCUCGACCGACUCCGAUCUCACUUACAACAUUCGCUAUCGUCUCAAACACACUGAAGAUGGUAAGAUCCGUGAGCUGCGCGGCAUCAAAGGAAAUACUGUCGAAAUCAUGAGCGUGGACUCGUGUUCGCUCUACGAGUUCCGCAUUACGGCUGUCAGCAAGUAUGGCGAAAGUAAACCUAUCUAUCUCGUACAGUAUACAGAACCUCAGCUGAGCCCUCAGCACAUAUUGGCCACAAAACUGCAUGCAAAUACAAUAGAAUUGACUUGGGAACCUCCUUACAAAAGGACGAAUGAUGUGAAGAAUUAUAUAGUCUACUUCACCGAAAAUCCGAAUGCUUCGCUCUCGGAAUGGGAAAAAAUCCCAGUUAAUGGUCGACGGGUGGUAUUUCCUGAUCUUCGCUACGAUUGGUUCUACAUGUUCAGUGCUACGGCUAUCUUCAAGGACGGUCAACGUUCGCCUUUAUCUCGUGCUCUAUUCAUUAAGACGGAUAAACUGGAGUUUCAUAAGCAAUGUGUGGGCCAGUCACGAACGAUUGAAGUGAUGGAUUCGAUAUGUGAUCGAGCCGAAGACACCGAAACUACGGCCUUACUCAAACGUGACUAUGCCUCUUUUGCUGUGUGA